ACACACUGAACGUGCUUAUCGAAGAGUCAUCUCCAUGACAAUGUUACCAUAGUGACACUGACAGGAGCUUAACAAUCUGAGUUUGGGUUCAGCGCACAUGCUGAGUUCUGGGGGCAAAGCCUGAAACCAACACUGGCAGCUGGAUAGAAAACUUUAUGAGGCAAUGCCAAGUGUUGAACCUUGGGUUGGAACUUGGAGACCCCACAAGCCGAGGGGACCUAUAGCUGCGUUUUACUGUAGCCCAGGGCCUAAGUAUGCCCUGCCCGGACUCACAGGUAUUUCUCAGCAUGAUCCGACUAAAUGCAAAGCACCAGUGUUCUCCUUCGGGGCACGUCAUGAGGGCGCAAACAAUAACUGCUCCCCUGGACCAAGAUAUUUAAUUCCCUCCAACAUUACCCGACAGGGCCGAGACGGCUCACCUGCAUUCUCACUCCACGGCCGCCCAAAGCAGGCUGAGCACUUCAGAGCCCCUGGACCGGGGCACUACUCCCCGGAGCGUUCAGGAAGGCUGACCUAUCGCUCGGCUCCGGCUUAUUCUCUGUGUGGGAGGGGCAGAGAUGGAAGUGAUAACCAGACGCCGGGUCCAGCCACCUACACUCUGCCCCCUAUGCUGGGGCCCAAAACUGUGAUUGCAGCUUCAGCACCUUCUUACACACUCUGUAGCCGCAGCAAAACUGGGAGCUUCCAUGAGGACCUAAAGAAGACUCCAGGACCAGCUGCAUAUGAGGCUGUCGAUCCCUGUCUCUACAGGCAGAAACCCCCCCAGUACAGCAUGGUGGGACGCCACUUUGCUCCUGAUGAAACGAAAGAGAAACCAGGUCCCGGAUCUCAUUAUCCUGAAAGAGUGACUUUUACAAGAACAAAAGCACCGAGCUACACCUUUGGGCUGCGUCACUCCCAGUACAUCGCACCCCUUAUUUUGAAUAUGGAUUGAUGUGUUCUUGGUCAGUGAUUAAUACUUUUAAACUACAACAACUUCUCUAACACUCAGCGAAGGCGAGAAGUUUCUGGUUCCUUAAACAACCGUGCUUAAAUAACUUCCCACUCUCGUUGAUAAGAUGUGUCUCUUUAAUGGCCUUUAUCAAGUUAACAAAGUAUUUAAGGACUUUACUGAAGGCACUAACAUUAGGUUUAGAAAUCAAGUUAAACUGAAAUCAUUAGUAACCACAGAGUUUGGAUCUUAUCCCUCCUAAAGGGUUUGGAAUGCAUCAGAGUAACAAUACAGCCGAUUGACAUUCUUACCAUAAAUAGUAUAUUUGUGAAAAAAUAAAGCAAAUAUG